AUGUUGAAGAGAAGCGGCAUUGCCACAAGUUGGACCAGGUCCGAUCGAUACAUCAUCCCGCGGCUGUCUCUGCAAAACAAUGAUGCUGAUGGGGAGGCUUCGCCCAGGGCACCGUUGUCACCACGUGGAAAUGUGCCAGUUGCUCCUUAUGCAGCUCUUGCGUCACCACAGCCCUUCGUAGAUGUGACGAAGAAGCUUCCAGAGAAGAUCUCUCCUCGAUUUGGUGUUCCACGGGAUGAAAACAACCCAGAAGGUGGAAGGAACAGCGUGCCCAGGUUGAGUGGAGGCAAGCGAGGCGGUUCAUGCUUGACAGCACGAUCUUCUAGCACUGGCAAGCUGAACAGUGCUCUUCGAGAGUCAUCAUGUGGUUCUGCGAGGAGCAAAAUACGAGAACGCAGGCCGAACCCUUUAUUGAGCAACAGUCCUCCAGCUCGCUCAGCUGCUGCCGCGCCCCAGGCCGGUUCACCAAGCAGGGCAAAUCAAAGUAGUCGUUUGAGUUGCGACAGCUCGUCGAGCUCUAGCCUUCACAGUGGUCCGUCACUUGUCGGUGAGAACGUGUCGAGCGCAACAAGAUCUACUAGAUCUGUCGCCGUGACACCUUGUGCCAGUACAACAUCCCUCAUCGUGCCAUAUGCCGGUCACCGGCCGAUACCGGCUGGAAGCAGUGCCAACAUCUUAGCUGUCGCUGUGGGCAAGUCGCUGGGGCGCAGCUGGGCCGAUGUCCAGCCUUUCCUCAAGAUCUUGGAGGAAAACUGGUACGACUCCAUGGAGAGCUUAAGGUCCGUGGGGGUAUCUGACCUACAAGCCCUGGGGCUGCCGCAGAGGUUUGCCAAGGAGCUCCUGCAGCUUUCAGAGACCGAUUCGGUGCCGCACGAGAAGGGCAAGGGUGGCAAGGGCGGCAAGGGCAAGAGAGAACAUGGAGAUCGCGAUGAGAGUGGCAAAGGCAAGCACUUCGCAGCAGUGGGUUACGAUGCACAAGGUGGCCCGAAGGGCAAGAGAGACAGCUCUUCGGACAAAGGCAAGGGCAAGGGCAAAGACGCCAACGACAGCAAGGGCGCGAAAGGCAAUAAAGGCACCAAAGGCAAGAGCAAGGACCCUCCGCAGGACCAGCAAAGCGACGAGAACGUGCAAGUGCACAAGAUCACCUUGGAAGCGGAACAACUGGACCCGCGGUUUCCAUUAGUUGCAAAGCUCAUAGGCAAAGGUGGCCGCAAUGUGAAGCACAUCAGCAGCACCACAGGCGCCGCCGUGUGGCUGCGUGGCCGCGGAUCAGGGUCCAAGGGCGAGAAUGCUGGCGAGGAUGCGGACGAGCCGCUUCACAUUGCAAUAAGAUCCGAUGACAAGGAAGCCAUCGAUGAAGCUGUCAGCAUAACACAUGACCUCAUCGACACAGUCAUGGAGGAGUACAACCAAUGGUUAGAAAGCCCAGAGGCCGCGCAACCACAAGCGACCGAAGGCUCGAGCUAUCAAUGGCAACAGAAGUGGCAGCAAAGAGACUGGCCUGAUCAGAGCAAGGGCAAGGGCAAGAGCAAGGGCAAGGGCAAGGGCAAGGGCAAAAAAGUUGAAGACAUCUCUGGACGGGUCGGUUCCUACACUGCAGAUCCAAGCGUGGCAAGUGUCAGGUCAGUCGCAGAAGGCCAGCGGAGCUCCGGUCCGCUCAGCACAGGGAGCGAGGAUUGCCAUGUUGCUAGAAGCCAGCUGCUGGGUGGACCCAGCGGAACGGAUGCAGACGCAGAUGCGGAGACGAUGGGCGACCAUGUAGAACUGCUCUGCCUCAAGGCACAGUCUUUGGUUCGCCAGUUGGGCACUGGAAUGAUGGAGCCUUCCCAGUCGGUCCGAUCUUUGCAGAAGAAGCUUAUGUUGCUCGGCCAGGCCGCGGAGGUGACGCCUGCCGCGCCUCCGUUCACGCCGAGAUGCAUUGGCGGUCCACUCGAACCCGCCGGGACAGGUGAUGCAUCUUCCAUGGACCUCAAGUUCAGCCCUGCUCCAGUAAGGAUAGAGCAAAGGGAGCGCCCAAAGUGGCAGCUCCCCUUCUCGGCGAGCACUUUCUGGUUUCUUCACAUGCCUGUCGUGCCGCAUGAUAAAGGUGCGAGGCAACAACCGGUGGUCUUCGAAGGGAGUCGGACAAGGCCGCUUCCGCCUCGCUGCAAUAGUGCACCGAUACCAACGCUGCAGGAAAAGGGUCGACACAGGCUGGUCGGGAACACUGCAGCCAGGGCAUGCGAUUCAACUGCCGUUUGGCCGUACUUGCUGUUUGAUUUAGGGCAAAAGUGGGCACGCAGCAAUGCGAUUCUUGGAUUGUUUUUUUUUUUUCGUUUUUUGAUUGUUUGA